AUGAACGUCCUUUUCGAUGCAACUGCGCCCACCAAUCAGUCUGCCCCCGACAACCAGACAUUUGGCGGGACGCCUUUGUGCAGCCAACCCACCUGGUCCCGCGUCCUCUUGGUGGUGGUUUACAGUCUGGUCUUCAUGGUAGGCUUUCUGCUUAAUGGUGUGACGCUGAGGGUCUACCUGUGUGGCGCUGGUACGUCCAGUAGCGUUGGCGUCUGCCUAAAGAACCUGGCGGCUGCGGACUUCCUGCUGUGCCUUUGUCUUCCUAUCCGCAUCGCCUUUAACGCCACAGAUUCUGCCUGGGUCCGCCUGGUGUUCUGCAACUUUGGAACAGCAACCUUCUACCUGAACAUGUACGCCAGCAUCCUCUUCAUGGGCUACAUUGCCGCCGUCAGGUACUUUAAGAUCGUCCACCCUUCAGGAAGUCACCUUCUGAAGUCGGUGAGGGCGGCUCGUGUCGUCUCCUUGGUGACCUGGCUCGUCCUCCUCACCUUGACAGGCUCUUACAUCAUCCUUUCACUGGUCACACAGCCGGUUCUACCUCCUUCUGGCGGCACGGCGAUCUGCAGCAACCUUCACAGCAAGCAGCUGAUUCUUCUCUACAAGGUCGUCCAUGUCAUCUCCGCCAGCAUAUUCCUGCUGGUCUUCCUCGCCCUGCUCUUCUUUUACUACAGCACCUCCCGCAGGCUGGCAGCAGCACAGCAGCGGCGAGCUUCAUCCUGUGGCGCCAGGAGGCUGGCCAAGGCCCGCCGGAACAUUCUGCUGCUGGUCAGCGUCUUCUGCAUCUGCUUCCUUCCUUACCACCUGGUCCGCCUCCCCUACGCGCUUGUGCCGCAACAUGACUGCAACAUCAAACACUUGAAGGACUUGACUGUCGCCUUGUCUGCCCUCAACGUCUGUCUCGACCCGCUCAUCUACUUCCUCUUCUGCAAGGCCUUCCGUGCUCAGCUGAGACAGAAACAGCACGCCACGGACGUGGACACUUGGAAGAAGACGUCCACUUGUCCUUCAAGUACUUCCAAGUCUUGA